CUCGUGUCUGCUGUCAACAAGGAAGUGCUCUGUAUCUUUGAACACAAGGGCGCCGACAACUUCUGCAACUCCACAAGCACAAGCUUCGGGGGGGGGAUGCCAGCUUCGGAACCGGUCCGGUUGGGUCGGAAACGAGCCCUGCCCUCCUGCCCGAACCCGCUGUUCCUGAAGUGGCUCACGGAGCUCCGGGACCAGGCCAAAGAGAAGGGGCUGAAGAUCAGCUACACCUACCAGAAGGCCAUCAGCUCUCUGAACAAAUACCCGUUACCUCUUCAAAACGCCAAAGAGGCCAAAAUCCUGCAGAACUUCGGAGACGGCAUCUGUAAGAUCCUGGACGACAAACUGCAGCGCUACUACAGAGAGAACGGUCCAAACGCUCCCAUUCACUCCCUCCCUGAAGGGGCGCCCCCUCCUGGCAGGCUUGACAACAACAACAUGGCGCCCCCCAGAAAGAAGAAUGCAGCAGUGGAUGAAGGGAAGGAGAGAGGAGGAGGAGGAGGAGGAGGAGGAGGGAAGAAGAAGAAGAGGGAGUACGUGCCUCAGAAGAGGUCCGGGGGUUAUGCUGUGUUGCUCGCCCUUUACAGACAAUCACAGAUCCCGGGCAGUAAAGGUUUUAUGUUCAAGAUGGAGCUUCAAUCUGAAGCUCAGCCUUUCUGUGAUAAGUCCUUCACUGCUCCUGAUCUGGGCAGUAAGUACACGGCCUGGUCCUCAGUCAGCACCCUGAUUCAGAAGAACCUGCUGCUGAAGACUCACAACCCCGCAAGGUAUUCUCUGACGGACGACGGUCUGGCUUUGGCCGAGCGCCUCGAGUCUGCAGAGCCACAGAAUAAAGACGAGGAGGAGGAGGGCAGGAGUGAAGGAGAGGAGGGAAGGAGUGAAGGAGACGAGGAGGAAGGUGGUCCUAAGGUCGUGGAUCUCACCUGUAGUGACGACGACGAUGAAGAAGACGACAGAGUUCACCUCGCAGAGAAGCCGGCGUGCGUUCCCCAGCCGACGACCACUUCUUCAGCUGAAGCGGCGAGUGGAAGAAGGGCGAGCGGAGCGCGUCUUCUCCCGGGAACUUAUGACAUCAUCCUGUGUGUGGACUUCAUCGAGACGACGGGCGGCAGCACCCACCGCAAACAGGAGCUGGUCAAAGAGCUGCAGAGGAACGGAGUCGCCUUCGACGUGCGGAAACUCAACGUGGGAGACUUCCUGUGGGUCGCCCGGGAAAAGGUCGCACCUGUACCAGGUCAGCUGCGUGCCCCUGCAGGUCGGGAGCUGGUGCUGGAUUACAUCAUAGAGAGGAAGAGGAUGGACGACCUCUGCGGCAGCAUCAUCGACGGACGCUUCAGGGAACAGAAGUUUCGUCUGAAGAGGUGUGGUCUUCGUCGCCCCGUGUAUCUGGUGGAGGAGUGCGGGAAGGCAGCGUCUCAUCUGAGUUUACCUGAGUCUACUCUGCAGCAGGCCAUCGUCAAUCACAGGUCGUCGACGGCUUCUUUGUGAAGAGAGUCCAGGAUGUGAGAGAGUCAGCGGCCUACCUCCCGUCAUGACACGUUACCUGACCAGACUGUACCAG